AUGGCGAGCUCCAGCCAAAACCAAGCACCUAGCAAGUAUGUCACGCUCAUCUCCAGCGAUGGCUUUGAGUUCGUUGUCUUGCGAGAAGCUGCGUGUAUAAGCGGAGCCAUCAAGAGAAUGCUGGAUCCCAACAGUGGGUUUCUUGAAUCAACCACCGGGCGAUGUCAGCUCGCAGAGAUCAAGUACGUACGUUUCCAUCUCACCUCGAACAUUCGUAAAUGCGAACACCGGAGACAAUAUAUGCAAAAUGGCCAAGCAAGGGUGGAAGCUGUCACAGUCGAUGAUUAUAUCAACAAGAACUUGCGGACAGAACCUCUUUCGCCCCAAAGCAAAGUAGUGACGCUGGAUGAUGCCUAUACACUUGAUCUGAGGCCUGAUAUCCUGCCCAAGCUAAACCAAGGAAGCCACUACAUUGCCGAAUACUUCUAUUACAACUACAGGAACCGAAACCGCGAAGAUGUGCCAGACAUGGAGAUUCCACCUGAGCUGUGCUUGGAGUUGUUAAUGGCGGCAGAUUUCCUAGACAGUGAGCUUCGCCUCCCUCUAAACGUGAAACGAUAUGAUGUAAAUUGUAUGGCGUUUGGGAGGUACACGAAAAGAUAUGGAUAUGACACGGAGUUUGGGCACAAUUACAGCAUAAUGAAAGACGAAUCUCAGUACCUCAUACCCCGGUCUCGGAAGUGA